ACUGCUCAGUUUCACGACCAAAACUCCACUUUGUUUUCCGCGAAGAGAUCAGUGUGGACUGUGAAGUAGUGAAAGUAGCGACAACAAUGGAGGAGAGACCAGAGACGGAGCUGAUAUCGAUUCCGGCGACGCCACGUGGCGUGUCGACGCCGGAGAUACAGACGCCGACGGGGCAGAGGUCGCCGAGGCCCGCGUCGAAGGAGGCGAAGUCGUCGACGGCGUGGACGCCGACGUCGUUCAUAUCUCCUCGGUUCCUGAGCCCGAUAGGGACGCCGAUGAAGAGGGUGCUGAUAAACAUGAAGGGCUACUUGGAGGAGGUGGGCCAUCUCACGAAGCUCAAUCCCCAAGACGCAUGGCUUCCAAUCACCGAGUCUCGCAAUGGGAAUGCUCACUACGCUGCGUUCCACAAUCUCAAUGCCGGGGUCGGAUUUCAAGCUCUGGUUCUUCCUGUCGCUUUCGCUUUUCUUGGCUGGAGUUGGGGAAUACUUUCCUUGACUAUAGCCUACUGUUGGCAACUUUACACGUUGUGGGUCUUGGUUCAGCUUCAUGAAGCAGUCCCAGGAAAGAGAUACAACCGAUACGUAGAACUUGCACAAGCUGCAUUUGGGGAAAGAUUAGGUGUUUGGCUUGCACUCUUCCCAACUGUCUACUUAUCUGCUGGAACGGCAACCGCUUUGAUUCUCAUAGGAGGAGAGACCAUGAAACUAUUCUUCCAGAUAGUUUGUGGGCCCCUCUGUACAUCAAAUCCCUUAACAACAGUGGAGUGGUAUUUGGUGUUCACUUCUUUGUGCAUCGUCCUGUCUCAGCUCCCAAACCUUAAUUCAAUUGCAGGACUAUCACUUGUAGGAGCUGUUACGGCCAUAACUUACUCAACAAUGGUUUGGGUCCUCUCUGUGAGCCAACAAAGGCCUCCUGCAAUUUCUUAUGAUCCCAUUUCAUUGCCAUCGUCUACUGCUUCCGUCUUUUCGGUUCUGAACGCUCUUGGAAUUAUAGCCUUUGCUUUCAGAGGGCACAAUUUAGCCUUGGAGAUUCAGGCGACCAUGCCGUCAACCUUUAAGCAUCCGGCUCAUGUGCCUAUGUGGAGAGGGGCCAAAGUUGCUUAUUUUUUCAUUGCCUUGUGCUUGUUCCCUAUUACCAUUGGCGGUUUCUGGGCUUAUGGGAACCUUAUGCCAUCUGGGGGAAUCCUCAACGCCUUGUAUGCGUUCCACAUUCACGAUAUUCCUAGAGGGCUUCUUGCCAUGACCUUCCUCUUAGUUGUGUUCAAUUGCUUGAGCAGUUUCCAAAUCUACUCCAUGCCUGUCUUUGACAGCUUUGAAGCAGGCUACACAAGUCGCACGAACCGCCCCUGCUCUAUAUGGGUCCGAUCUGGUUUCCGAGUCUUCUAUGGGUUUGUCUCGUUCUUCAUUGGAGUGGCACUCCCCUUUCUCUCCAGUCUGGCUGGUCUGUUAGGAGGACUUACACUUCCAGUCACAUUCGCUUACCCUUGCUUCAUGUGGGUUCUCAUUAAAAAGCCUACAAAGUACAGCUUUAAUUGGUACUUCAAUUGGAUCCUUGGUUGGUUGGGAAUUGCCUUUAGCUUAGCCUUUUCCAUUGGAGGUGUGUGGAGUAUGGUCAACAGUGGACUUAAGUUGAAAUUCUUCAAACCCAAUUGAGAUGUGAUCAAGAAGCAGCUAAAUGAUAUCAAGUGAUGCUAUAGGAACGAGCCAUGUUGUAUUGAUUUUUGCUAUAGAUUAAAAUACUGAGUGUAUGCUAUAUAUGUUACUUAUGGCACAUAAUUAAAUGUGUGAUUGGUGAGUUGCUAUCUUGUACUGCUUCUGCAAUUUGUCUUCUCCUAAGUGAAAUGAUGAAGAGAAGAACUAUUACUUGUUAGUUUGUCAAUAACUUUGCCUAGUCAUUGCUUGACAUUUGCCCUGUUUCGAAGCAUCAAACAGCCCAAAGAUGAGAGUCUAAAACAC